UUUGCAACGCCCCUCCUUCUCACGCGCUUCCCCGUGCUCUCCUCGCCGAAACACCCCACCAGUCCCCCCGCCUCUGGCUCCUGUCGCUGCUCUGCUCCCCGGGAGGGACCCACCCCGAUGGAGUUCGCCCGCCGCGGCCCAGCCACCGACGACCACCGCUGCCCCGACCCUCCGCCGCACGGAGACGCAAUGCUGGUUAUGAGGGACGCCCUGCUGUGGCAGCUCCAGAAGGACCGCCUUCGCCAGGAGAUCAUCAUGGCCGAGCUGGCCAAGAUAGAGUGCGCCAUGGCCCUGCGCUCUGUGUCCGGUCACCACAGCACGCCGAUGCCCCGGGACAGCAUGCCGCCGCACAGAGGACCCGUCUUCGGCUGGGAAAACUACGCCGACGUGGGUGAGGAAAAUGAUGUGAAGCUACCAAACAACUGUGGAAGGAAGAGUGCAGAGCCCAGAUUUUGGAAUCCCGUCACAGAAGAUCGCGCGGAAAAAUGCUGGAACCCGUGCAAAUGCAGGGUUAAUUCGGGUGAACAUAACCCAGCAUUUGAUGAACCGAAACUGCAGGAUCCCAGUGAGAAUGUUCCUCCAAAUAAAGCGUCGCCUGCGGAGAAGUGGGAACUGACAGGAAUAACCAUACCAGUUAAGAAGCCGAAGCCACCCAUGAGUCCCAGAAAAAGAAAGAAGCCACCCGUGAGAUGGAGUUGCCCGGUGUGCCAGGUAGAAGCAAACUCUGCGCAGAAGCAUUGUGCUGGGAAGAAGCACCAGUCAAAUAUAGCAACACUGGAAUCAAGCAUUAAGGCCAUUGGUUAUCAGAAGCCACCUUUAGCAGGUUGCAGCAUUUGUCAAGUUAUGUGUGGCACCGAAUCAGAUCUUGAGAUCCACCUGAAGGGUAAAAGGCACUUAAAGAAGAUUCAAGCUUUAUUCGAAGAAAGCAAUAACAAGGAAAUCAAUUCUGAGUCUCUGAAAGCAAACUUAAACAAGGACAGCAGACCGCUACAUGUGGAGAAAAUGAACCGUGACUUAGACUCGGAGAACCACCUCAGAGAUGAAAGACACCAACUGAAUGUUCGGACCCUUUGCGAAACAAUCAACCAAGAGGGAAACAGUCCACCAGAAAUUUCCAAAGACCAAACACCAUCCUCGGAAUGGGAUUGCGCUAUGUGCCAGGUCAAAUGUAUCUCUAAAGCCCAUUUCGAGAAUCACUGCACAAGCAGAAAGCAUCAACAGAGGACCCAGGUGAUACUCAGCGAAGGCGCUAUCACGAAAACGAGCAGGACCCAUGUGAUACUCAGCGAAUGCAAUGUCAUGAAAAUGGGCAAUCUCCACAUGGAAGCAUCAUGCAAAGAAGGCAGUAAUAACUAUAUGACAAAGAACGUUGCGUCACAGGAAGCAAAAUUGCAUGAGAGCAAUGUGCCAGGGCAUGCAGAGAAACCAUCUUCAGUACAGAGCUGCAACAUUUGCCAAGGUAUCUGUAACUGCGCAUCAGAUUUUGAUAUGCCACAACAUGUAGAGGAGAGGAGUUGCAAAUUAAACUGGGAGAGCUACCCCAGACUCAGAGACGAGAGUCUCCAACUGAUGGAUGAUAGGGCCGUAUGCGAAAAAAAUAACCAAGAUAAAAGCGAUUUACAAGAAAUUUCCAAGGACCAAACACCAUCCUCGGAAUGGGAUUGUGCUACAUGCCAGGCCAAAUGUAACUUUGAACCUCAAAUCGAGCAUCACUGUAAAAGCGGAAAGCAUCAGCGGAAGAUUGAUGCGACACUCCAUGAAAGCGAUAUUGCCGAAGUUAGCAGUCUCAUUGCAGCCCCAUGCAAAGAAGGCAAUAACAGCAAUACGUACAUUGCGCCACGGGAAGCCAAAUCGGACGAGAGCAAUGUGUCACAGCAUGCAGAGAAGCCACCUUCAGUAUGGUGUUGCAGCGAUUGCCAAGUUAUCUGUGGCCGCAAACCAGAUUUUGAGGUCCACCUGAAGUGUGAAAGGCACUUAAAGAAGAUUGGAGCCCUGCUCAAAGAAAGCAAGAACAUGGCAAUAUCCGAGUCACGGAAAGCAAACCUGUACACGGACAGCACGCCGCAGCAUGUGGAGAAAAUGAAUUGUGGAUUAGAAUUGGAGAACAACCUCAGAGAUGAGGGACACCAACUGAAUGUUCGCCCCCCUUGCAAAGAAAACAACCAAAUGAUAAAUAAUCCUCCACAUAUUGUCAACGACCAAGAACCACCCUUAGAAACGGAUUGCGCUGUGUGUCAGGAAAAAUGUAACGCUGAAUCUCAGAUUGAGCAUCAUUGUGAAAGCAGACGGCAUCAACAGAAGACCGAUGUGAUACUCCGUGAAUGCGAUAUUGUGACAGUGAACAGUCUCCACAUCCCAGCCUCAUGCAAGGAAGGCGAUAACAACAGCACGGGCAUUAUACCACAGGAAGCAAAAUCAGACGAGAACAAUGUGCAGCAGCAUGCAGAGAAGCCACCUCCGGCAUGGGAAUGCAGCGAUUGCCAAGUUACGUGUAACCGCGAAUCAGAUUUCGUGUUCCACCUGAACGGUAAAAGGCACUUAAAGAAGUUUCGGGCCCUACUUAAAGAAAGCCAGAAUAGGGCAAUGAAUUCUGAGUCACAGACAGCAAACUUGAACCAGGACAGUGAGCCGCAACAUGUGCAGAAAACAAAUUGCGAAAUAAACUGGGAGAGCUACCUCAGACGAGACGAGAAACACCAACUCAAUGUUCAGGCCCUUGGCGAAGGAAUCAACCAAGAUAAAGAAAGUCCAGCAAAAAAGGACCAGAUACCGUCCUCGGAAUGGGACUGCACUAUGUGCCAGGCCAAAUGUAACUCAAAAGCUCAACUUGAGCAUCACUGCACAGGCAGAAAGCAUCAGCAGAAGAUCCAGGUUGUACUUGGCGAAGGUGAUAUUGCGAAAGUAGGCAGUCUCCACCUCGAAGUCCCGUGCAAAGAAGGUAGUAACAACGAUAUGGCGUCGCAGGUAGCAAAAUCGAAUGAGAAAAAUGUGCCACGGCAUAGAGAGAAGCCACCUUUAGUAGGUUCCAGCAUUUGCCAAGUUAUCUGUGGCCGCGAAUCAGAUCUAGAGAUCCACCUGAAGGGUAAAAGGCACUUCUAAGAAGACUCGAGCUGUAUUCGAAGAAACCAAGAAGGCAAUCAAUUCUGAGACUCUGAAAGCAAUCUUGAACAAUGACAGCAGGCCGCUGCAUGUGGAGAAAA